UUUCGAAUUCCCAACCACGGAAAUCCCCACGCCCCGAAAAUUUUUCGCGCCCAAACCCACCAAACCCUAGACCCACCUCCGGCCGGCGGCGCCUCCGGCGGCCGGCGAGGAUGCACAUCAAGGAGGUAUGCCUGGAGGGGUUCAAGUCGUACGCGGGGCGGACGGUGGUGUCGGGGUUCGACCCGCUGUUCAACGCCAUCACCGGGCUGAACGGCUCCGGCAAGUCCAACAUCCUCGACUCCAUCUGUUUCGUGCUCGGGAUCACCGACCUCCGCCAGGUGCGGGCCGCUUCGCUCCAGGAGCUCGUCUACAAGCAGGGGCAGGCCGGCGUCACCAAGGCCACCGUCUCCAUCGUCUUCGACAACUCCGACCGCUCCUGCUCGCCUCUCGGCUACGAGGAUUCGCCCGAGAUUACCGUCACGCGCCAGAUUGUAGUUGGUGGACGAAACAAGUACCUUAUCAACGGCCAUCUUGCACAACCUUCCCGAGUGCAGACUCUUUUCCACUCUGUGCAACUAAAUGUUAACAAUCCCCAUUUUUUAAUUAUGCAAGGACGCAUAACAAAAGUGCUGAACAUGAAGCCUGCAGAAAUUCUCUCCAUGUUGGAAGAGGCGGCAGGCACAAGGAUGUAUGAAAUGAAGAAGGAAUCUGCUCUGAAAACACUUGAGAAGAAGCAGAAUAAAGUGGAUGAGAUUAAUAAACUCCUUGAUGAAGAAAUCCUUCCUGCAUUAGAGAAGCUUAGGAAAGAGCGGUGCCAGUACAUGAAAUGGGCCAAUGGUAAUGCUGACUUAGACCGCCUCAAGAGAUUCUGCAUCGCUUAUGAGUUUGUUCAAGCUGAGAAAGUGCGAGAUGGUGCACUCAAUGAUGUGAAACAAAUCAGGGCAAAGAUUGUUGAGCUGGAUGAAAACACAGAGAAGCUAAAAUCAGAGAUACAGGAAAUGGAUAAGAGCAUAUCUACCUUGGUGGCUGAAAAAGAAGCUAAACUUGGUGGUGAGAUGAAAACUUUGUCAGAGAAAGUGGAUAAACUCUCACAUGCACUUAUCAAGGAAACUUCUGUGAUGAAUAACCAAGAGGAAACAAUAAGAUCAGAGGAAAAGGGUGCUGAAAAGAUUCUCAAGAACAUUGAAGACAUCAAAAGGUCUAUAAUUGAGAGAGAUGCAGCUGUAAAUAGUGCAGAGAACGGCGCAGCUGACAUGAAAAGGAGAGCAGACGAUCUAACAAAAGAGUUGGAUGAGAGUGAGAAAGAAUACCAGGGUGUGUUAGCAGGAAAAAGCAAUGCAAAUGAGAAGAAAUGCCUAGAAGAUCAACUAAGAGAUGCAAAAGCUGCUGUUGGAGAGGCAGAAUCUGGAUUAAAGCAGCUGACGACGAAAAUAAGCCAUUCUGAGAAGGAGCUGAAGGAGAAGAAAGCCCAGUUGGUAUCUAAGCGUGAUGAAGCUACUGCAGCUGAGAAUGAGCUGAAAGCUAGGCAAAAAGACUUGGAAACUAUCAAUGCAUCCAUGAGAUCUGUAAAUUAUGAAGAGGGACAGAUGGAGGCUUUGCAAAAGGAUCGAUCUAUUGAGUUAGAUGCAAUUCAGAAACUGAAGGACAAAGUUCGUGCUCUCUCUGGUGAGCUAGCAAAUGUUCACUUCAGCUAUCGAGAUCCUGUUAAAAAUUUUGACAGAUCAAAAGUGAAAGGAGUGGUUGCACGUCUUAUUAAAAUAAAGGAUAGCUCAACAGCUACAGCACUGGAGGUUGCUGCUGGAGGUAGGCUAUACAAUGUGGUUGUUGACUCAGAAACCACUGGAAAGCAACUCCUACAAAAUGGAGAUCUCAAAAGAAGGGUAACCAUCAUACCAUUGAAUAAGAUCCAAACAGGUACCAUACCUGAGAGAGUUCGGCAGGCAGCUCGUAGACUGGUUGGAGCUGAAAAUGUAACAUUGGCUCUAGAACUGGUUGGCUAUGUUGAAGAAGUAAAGAAUGCUAUGACAUAUGUCUUUGGUUCAACGUUUGUGUGUCGAAAUAUGGAAGCAGCGAAGGAGGUCGCAUUUAAUAGAGAAAUUGGCAGUACCAGUGUGACCCUUGAAGGUGACAUUUUUCAGCCCAGUGGCCUUUUGACUGGGGGUAGUCGCAGAGGUGGUGGGGACUUGCUAAGACAACUCCAUGAAUUAGCUAAAGCUGAGGCUGAUCUUGCCAGUCAUGAGAAAAGUCUCUCUGUUAUUGAACAGAAGAUUGCAACACUUCUGCCUCUGCAUAAGAAGUUCACAGAGUUGAAAUCACAGUUUGAACUCAAAUCAUAUGAUCUGUCAUUAUUUCAGAACCGUGUUGAGCAAAAUGAACAUCACAAGCUAGGUGAACUUGUAAAGAAACUUGAAGAAGAGCUUCAGGAAUCGAAGCAAGAGCUAAAAGCAAAGCAAGUGCAGUACGAAAAAUCUGUAUCCACUGUUUCUGAGUUAGAAAAGACUAUCAAGACUUAUGGAAGUGAACGCGAAGGUAGACUAAAAUCUCUGGAAAGGAAAAUCAAAUCAUUAAAAUCAGAGUUGCAGUCCAUGUCGAAGCAACUAAAGGCUCAUGAAAGUGAGAGGGAGAGACUCAUUAUGGAGAAAGACGCAGUCACCAAUGAGCUUGCUAUGCUUGAAGAGCAACUGGCAACUUCAAAAGCUCAGAUUGCCACAAUGACUGAAACUUUGGAUAGGCAUCAGAGCAAGGUUGCGUCAAUAAAGCAAGACUAUGAUCAAGCUGAAUCUGAGCUCAACAUUGGGCGUUCUAAACUGAAGGAAUGUGACUCACAAAUAAACUGCAUGGCCAAGGAUCAGCAAAAACUGCAGCAGCAACUAAGUGAUUCAAAUGUUGAGAGGAAGAAAAUGGAAAACGAGGUUAAGAGGAUGGAGAUUGAGCAGAAAGAUUGCUCUUCAAAGGUUGACAAGCUAGUAGAGAAGUACAGUUGGAUUGCAACUGAGAAACAGUUGUUUGGAAAAAAUGGAACUGAUUAUGACUUUGCAUCAUGUGAACCUCAUAAAGCACGAGAAGAAUUUGAAAAUCUCCAAGCUCAACAAUCCAGUCUUGAGAAGAGGGUCAAUAAGAAAGUUAUGGCAAUGUUUGAGAAGGCAGAGGAUGAGUAUAAUGAUUUGAUGUCAAAGAAAAACAUCAUUGAGAAUGACAAGACAAAAAUCAAGACAGUGAUAGAAGAAUUGGACGAGAAGAAGAAAGAGACCUUGAAAGUCACAUGGCUUAAAGUAAACAAGGAUUUUGGAUCUAUAUUCAGUACACUACUACCUGGUACAAUGGCAAAACUUGAUCCUCCUGAAGGUGGCACUUUUUUGGAUGGUCUUGAAGUUCGGGUGGCAUUUGGGACAGUUUGGAAACAAUCUUUAUCUGAACUUAGUGGAGGGCAACGGUCCCUCCUUGCUCUUAGUCUUAUCCUAGCACUACUUCUUUUCAAGCCUGCACCACUUUACAUAUUAGAUGAGGUUGAUGCUGCCCUAGAUCUGAGCCAUACACAAAACAUUGGUAGAAUGAUCAAGGCACAUUUUCCACACUCCCAGUUUAUUGUCGUCUCACUAAAAGAGGGCAUGUUCAACAACGCCAAUGUGAUAUUCCGAACAAAAUUUGUUGACGGGGUAUCCACUGUGACACGAACGGUCCCUUCAAAGCAGAGAUGAUUUAAUCCAUUCAUCAUGCAUCAUCUGAAGGAGGAUGGAGUCGUUGGUUAUUCUAUUUGCUAACGUUUCUGUUGUUGCUACCUCAAAAUGUUUCAAGCUCCUCGCUUGUCAGGCCCAUAACAUUAACGUGACCUAGUAAAAUGUCAACAUUGCGUUACGUUCAGUAACUAGUUUUCUGUAUGUAUGUUAUCUGACAGGAUGUGUAUAUUAGUUUGCUGAAUUAUUACCCUGUGUAGUAAAUAACCACCUAUCCCUUUAUUGUCCAAAAAUGGCUUGCCUUGUUAGAGAUUGUGGAAACUCUCAUUUUGCCACCUGAGAAUUUUGUAUUGUUAAGACGGGCAUAUACGCCUUUUGUCUUGGUUACCGACUGACAACUUCGGAGCCGAGUACACUGCCCUCGG